AUGGUGCAUCAACAGUUUACCAAAGGUACACCAUUCAGGUACAGGCUUGGCGAUGCUUCCACGCGGGCGGAGCGUACUUCUUUUUAUCCCCGACGAGGAUCCGGCCCAACAUCGUCACGCGACUCGCAAAUCACUUAUGCGACCGAUAGUUACGCAAGUCAAGCCUCAACUACAAGCCAGCACUCCAAGUCGUCGUGGAUUUCAGAGUCAUCAGGACCUCUUGGCUUGAAUGUUGUCUAUACACCAGAACAAGGGCAUCAGGCAGAUAUCGUAUUCGUCCAUGGUCUUGGCGGCACUAGCCGGGCAACGUGGACAAAGGACAAGAAUCCAAAUCUGUUCUGGCCGCUCACGUUUCUAGCCUCGGACCCCGACCUAUGCGUCGCGAGGAUACUGACAUUUGGCUACGAUGCAAAUUUUCGCAAGCCGAGAAACUCUCAAGCGACCUUGCGCGAUUUUGCCAAGGAGUUGCUCUUUGAUCUCUCGGAAAGAAGCCAGCUUAGAAUCGGGGAGGCAUACAUGUAUGGCCAAACGGACCCUGCUUAUGAGCACAUUGUUCAAUCCAUUGCAGCUAUCAUCUUUCUGGCCACACCGCAUCGUGGAACCAAUUUUGCCCAGAUUCUUAAUAGAAUUUUACAGUCAGCAUCGCUUUCGAAAGCAUACAUCACGGAACUUUCAAACAACGCGCAUGGCCUCAAGAACCUGAACGACUCUUUCCGGAAUGUUGUUUCCAAACUUGAAAUAGCCUCGUUUUACGAAACUCACUCUACCUCUAUAGGAUUUAAGAAAGCACGUCUUCUCGUCUUGGAGAAAGAUCCGUCAGUUCUUGGCUUCCCUGGCGAAAAGUCUCGAGCCUUGGCCGCAGAUCAUCAGGGCAUAUGCAAAUACGAAAGUCCCGAAGACCCGAACUAUAUCAGUGUGCGAAACACGCUGUGGAACAUGAUGCGGAAGAUACUCAACAAUAAGGCACCGGCCCAGAGCUCCCCGAGAGUCCGUCAACCUUCUUCCGACUUGAAGGACAUGCUAGGCAUUCAGAAUCUACCGACGGCCGACUACAAUUUCUUCCAGGACCAGUGGUCACAAGGCACUGGCACUUGGGUCCUCAAGGAUCCAGCAUUCUUGCAAUGGCGCACAGACCAAACUUCGGCCGUCGCUAUCUUAUGGAUCAACGGCAGCCCAGCAACAGGCAAAUCGGUGCUUUCGUCCUACAUCGUCAAUGCAUUGGCCCAAGAGGGUAUCUGCUCUCAGUACUUCUACAUCAGAUUUGGCGAUCGAUUUAAAACAAAUGCCGCGUCACUUCUGCGGUCUUUGGCCUACCAGGUUGCUCUUAUCAAGCCCGAGUUUCAUGAUUCUCUACUCGAGCUGGCGGAGGAAGGUAUUGAGUUCCCUUCUGCCGACUCACGGACAAUCUGGGAUAGAAUAUUCACGUCUUGCCUUUUCCGCAUGGACUUCAAAGAGCCUUUAUUUUGGGUUAUCGAUGCGCUUGACGAGGCCGAUGACCCCAAAAUUCUGACGCGCCUCCUUGGAGGAAUAUCGGCCGCUGUUCCGCUGCGUAUCCUGGUGACUGCUCGAAAAACCCCCGCGAUGGAUGCGAGCUUCAAUCGCUUAUCGCAAAGCCACAAAACAUACAACAUUGAUAUUGAUACUCGCAGGCAAGAUCUGCUGUAUUAUGUCAAUCAAGAGCUUGAGAUCCCCGGUUCCGCUGAGUUUCGAAAAGAUGUUGUUCAGCGUCUGGUUCAAGGUUCGCAAAACAAUUUCUUAUGGGUACGACUCGCCAUGGAGAAAAUACAUGGCUCGAAUUUCGAGACUGAUAUCGAGGCAGCACUGCAAGAGCUCCCUACCGGUAUGGAAGCGCUGUACGACCGAAUGGCUGCCAACGUUGUUGCAGUUGGCUCUGACAGUGCCAAGAACUUGGCCAUGUCUAUACUUUACACCGUUUGCUGCUCUAAAAGAGUUCUCUUCCUGGGGGAACUAAUAGCAGCGGUUGGAGAAGCCUUUGCCGGCGUGAUUGAUCCUCACCGCGCCAUCACUGAGCUCUGUGGUGGUUUCCUUGUCGUCGAUACUGAAGGCCGUGUGUUCAUGGUGCAUAAGACAGGUCGCGAAUACUUGACAAAAUAUGACAACGUAUACUUGUACAUUGAUGCACUUGUCGGUCAUACGAGACUCUUCACAAGCUGUAUGUAUCGCAUGGCCGGACUGACUCGCACUACGCGACAUCGCCGAGUGCAGGAACCGGAUUUCACCGAAUACGCCAUGGAAAUGUGGCCUUAUCAUCUAGCGUCCAUGGCAACAGACUGUCAUGAAGCCGCAUCAAUGUUGUCAACAUUUUUCAAGGGCAAAACGAUCCUGGCAUGGGUUUGUUUAUUGGCGGCCAAGAACAGGCUGGAUGUUUUGGUCCAGGCAUCCAAAAGCCUGUCCGAGUACUGCGAAAAACUCAGAAUCUUGAUAUCUCCCACUGGCGAAAGCCAACACUCGUUGAUUUUGGACUUGCUCGACAGCUGGGCUACCGAUUUGAUCAAGGUUGCAGCCAAAUUCGGCAAUGCAUUGCAUCACAGCCCCGAGUCUAUCUACCACAUGAUCCCGCCCAUGUGCCCGCAAACUUCUGCUAUCUACCAGCAGUUCGGCAAGACAAACCGCGGAUCCCUAUCUGUAUUCGGCUUAUCGUCCAAAUCAUGGGACGAUAGUCUGGCCAAGAUAUCAUUCGGGGGCGACACAUUCGCUUCCAGUGUUGCCGCCAAUGGCUCUGUUUUGGCCGCGUUGGCGCCUAGUGGGAAAGCUUUUCUUUACAACAGCCAGACACUCGAAGAAUUACCAACAAGUCCGUUCGAUCAUGGCGAACAGCUUUACAUAUUUGAAAUGAACAGCACAGCAACUUUGAUUGCCACAUAUGGAUUCCGAAAAACAAAGGUCUGGCAAAUACCAUCAGGUACUUGUAUUUCUACCAUUGCCAGUCCAAGAGGCGAACCUAUUCCCCUCAGUAUGCGCUUUGACUCCGACGGGACAACCCUAUUUUUGGGUUCAGAAGACAGCAAACUGCGAUCUGCCACGAUCACUGAGCCGGAACCGGCCUGGAAGAUUGUCGCCGAUUUCGAAGAGGUCGAGCUCGAAGGGCACAUAUUGAACAACUCAAACCAUAUCGCGUUGAACAGAGAUUGCACAUUGAUUUCCGUUGCGUAUCGCGGCCACCCACUCUCGGCCUGGGAAGUUGAUGGUCCGGUGCAUCUAGGCCAUUGUUGGCGCGAGUACGAUAGUGGCAGUCGUGGUGAAGUAGUUGCGGCAUCAUGGCUACCUCAUACCAGAGAACUUCUCGGCCUCUACACCGACGGCGCGGUAUUCAAAUGGGAUCCUUACGAGCUCGAGAUUGGCGAGCUUCAGAUUGAUGCGUCACGACUUGCUGUUAGCAUCGACGGAAAUUUGUUCUGCACAGGUAAUGGUGGAGGCAACGUGAAAAUAUACACAACAGGCCAGUUCACAUUGCUCUAUCAGCUUGCUUCUCCGGAUACAGUCUUUCAUCUGGCGUUUAGCCCUGAUUGCACUAGAAUAUACGACACCAGAGGGUAUUUCGGAAAUGUUUGCGAACCUGCCGCUCUUUUAAAACAUUCCAAAGCCUCGGUCGCAAGCCUAGACGGGGAGAGCGACAUGGUAAGCGUUGCUCCAACCCUGAUUAGAAACACAUAUAAAAAGAUAGAGAGUGUCAAAGCUCUCGCAUACUCGCCUGUCAGUAAGAUAUACGCCAGGGUUGCAUCUGACGAUACCCUCACGCUGCAUACCAUCCAGCGCGGAAAGCUGCAAGCUGUUGCAACUAUCAAUGUUGAAUGGGAUAUACGGGAACUCUGCUGGGACUCCGACGGGAGAACCCUUUAUACGUUUGAUGAAAACAUGACCGUGGUGGUUCAUUCCCUGCAUCGCUCAGAAUCACCGGACAAGACACCGCAUACCGUCGUUCGCAGCGACACAGCGUUCGAACUGAGCGAGGUGACUGAAGGAAGACUGGUAUGCAUUGCAGUCGAUAAUUUCAAAGGAUUGAUGCUGCUUCAAUCUAUUCGCAAACUUCUCCUCAUUUCAAUCAGCGAUAACAGAAUCACGCACCGGUUGAAUUUAACAGUUUCCUCCCAAAGAUGGAUAAUCCACCCUCGCCACGCGAACCUAUUACUGGGGCUCUCCAGCGGAUCCAUACAGGUUACCGACUGGGAGCUCCGGCCGAUAUUGACUGUCAGGUUCAAGUUUGCAUGCUCACGGUCGGAGCUGGAUGAUGCUGGUCGUGGAUGUGGCCGAGAAGCCCGUACACUAGAACGGGUCCUAGUUUCGCCAGACAACGAAACAAUUCUUCUGCAAAUGCGCUUGAAAGACAGAAAACUGACCCUUUCGCACUUUGGUGUAUCUUCUCUUGACCGGAUAGUUGAGCAUUUCCAAGACGUCACAUAUCAAGUGGAAGCAGGCGGUUCGGGCGCGACUACUGAUGGGAUCGCUUCCGAUGCCAGACACACCCCAAUGGUCGAACUCAGCGACGUUUCCGAAACAAUUGCUGCGGGUAUCAGUACUUGUAUAAGCAUAUUACCACGCAAAAAGGCUAUUGUUAUCUCGAGGCGGUUUUCCAUUUGCACCAUCAAUUUACUGACGGGUGGUCAAGAGGAGCACUUCUUCCUACCGAGUGAUUGGAUCAAUCCCGAUAACAUGGAGCUGGCGACUUUCUCGAGAGAAGAAAAAGUGCUUUUGUAUCCGACGAAUGGAGAGAUUGCUGUCGUCUCCUGCCCGACUGCUUAA